AUGGCACAGAGGGAGGCCAGAGGGGCACGGGCCAUGCCAGGACUGGGCCAGAGCCCAGCCAAGGCCACGCCGAGGUUGUCAGCAGGCACUGAGAGGAAGAGGAACCGCCUGAGUAGGACAGGGCAGGACCUGUGGGAAGAGUCCAAUUGGAGCAACCAAAGAUGGAGCCGAGCUGCCCUGAACCCUCGAGGAGCCAGAGCCAGGAGCCUGGCUCGGGGUCGGAGCGAGGCCAGUCCUGAGAAUGCUGCGCGGGAGCGGAGCCGGGUGAGGACGUUGCGCCAGGCCUUCCUGGCUCUGCAGGCCACCCUGCCAGCCGUGCCGCCAGACACCAAGCUGUCCAAGUUGGACGUGCUGGUGCUGGCCACCAGCUACAUAGCCCACCUCACCCGCACGCUUGGACAAGAGAUGCCUGGCCCUGCCUGGCCGCCUUUCCUGCGUGGACUCCGCUACUUGCACCCUCUCAAGAAGUGGCCAAUGCGAUCUCGUCUCUACGCCGGAGGCCUGGGGUGCUCUGGCCUUGACUCCACCACAGCCUGCAACUCGGGCCAAAGAACAAAGGAGACAGAGGCCGGGCCCCAGGUCUCUGGAGAGGCAGACGCCCUUCUUCCUACCAGGCCGCUGUCACCAGCACCCGGUGACAAGUGA